AUGGCCACCCAAGAACAGCUCGAUGCCAAGCGGCGAAGAGUUUCCCGAGCCUGCGAUACAUGCAGAAGAAAAAAGGUUCGCUGCGAUGGCAUUCAGCCCUCUUGCACAAACUGUACCACCUUUGGCUUCCAAUGCACGUUCAACGACUCAGCCAAGAAGCGAGGUCCUCCUAAAGGCUACAUCGAGGCGCUGGAGAACCGGCUACACAGAAUGGAGAACCUGCUCGGAGGACUGGUCCAGAAUGGCGACCGCCCCAAAGUCGACCUCGACAACUGGAGGGACGACAACGACGACGAUCUCGAAUCGCUUGACUCUGCCUGGCCACCUUCGCCAGAUACACCCAUCACCCCCAGUCUCCACCACAGCCAUUCGAGUCACUCCAGCCAUACGGACCCUGCAGAGCACAAACCCUCGGCGCUCAGCAUUAACGAGAUAUUUGUCGAGGACGAUGAAGAGGUCUUGCCCUUUGACAGGGACGCGAGAGAAAAGAUCAACGCCAUUUCGGACACUCUCGACAACCUUUCGCUGGACGACGGAGGAUUUAUCCGCUAUCUCGGCAACAGUUCUGGAAUCGAUAUACUUCAAAGGACUCAGCUUCUCACCAGCGGCUAUUUGGUGACGCCAAUGCGGAUGAAGGAGCAUCGGGAUUGGCUUUUGCAGAAGGAGGCCAUGAUCUCUCAGAUGGAGGGCGAAAUGCCUCAGCCGCCUCGGGAUUUGGCCGACCACUUGAUCGACACCUACUUUUCAUACAUCCACCCAAACAUGCCCGUUCUUCACAAGCCCACGUUUAUGCGUCUUUAUCGCAGUCCCGACCCCUUCAAGCGACCUCCAGGCGUACUUCUCAACGCCAUGUUUGCGAUUGCGUCGCGUUUCUCCACUCACCCCGAGAUUGUUGGACAUGAUCCCGAGGCCUUUGGAGACGAGUACUUUGACAGGGCAAAGAGACUGGUGGAUUUCGAAUACGAGCUGCCUCGCCAAUCGUCCAUCCAGGCGCUCCUCCUCAUGGUCAUUUAUCGAUUCACAAGUGCAAAGUCAGGCGGCCGUGUCUGGGUCAUGCUGGGAAUGGCCACACGCAUGGCCCAAGACCUGGGUAUGCACCGGAACUCAGCUCGCUGGCAUUUACCUCCACUGGAAACGGAGAUCCGCAAGCGACUCUGGUGGGCUUGUUACGUGAUGGACAGAUGGGUCAGCGCCUGCUUGGGACGACCUGUUGCGAUCGAUGACAACGACUGCGAUGUUGGAUUCCCAUUCGUGGUCGAGCAGGAUUGGGCGGAUCCCGACUGCGAUGCUGCUUCUAUUGCGGAAGAGAGCGAGAAACUUAAGGAAGAGUCAUCGUUGGCCCUGCAGUACUUUGUCGAAUCCAUCAAGCUCGCUCAGAUCCUUGGCCAGAUCCUGGCACGCGUUUAUUCCGCCAACACCCGACAUCACGGCCCCGGGCAGGCGAGCUCUACUGUCGCCGAGCUGGAUACUAUGCUCACCAAGUGGUUACUGGCUUUACCUGCGGAGCUCAAGUACGACCACAGUAUUCACCCGACCAAGGUUGACCGAAAGGUUGCCACCAUUCACGUCUCCUAUUACUCGGUGCUGAUCCUUUUGCACAGGCCCUACAUGGUCCCAUCGUCACUGACAAAGUCAAAGUUGUCCGAAUCAAUGCCGUCGCUGAAUAUUUGUGUGUCCGCCGCCAACUCGAUCACCCAUUUGACGGAGCGCCUGACGGAGCCCGACGCUCUGAAGUAUGUCUGGAGUUUCACCACCUAUGAGGUCUUGACUUGCUCGCUCAUUCACCUCACCAACUCGGCUUCAAUCGACAUCCGCCUCCAGACGCAGGCUCGCAAGAACCUGAUCAAGACGAUUGGGUUCAUGAAGGUCCUCGGUAACCGAUGGUUUAAUGCAGCCAAGUUUUCGAGCAUACUCGAGGACCUUAUGUGUGCCCACCUUAACUUUGAUGAGUACAGGAAAGAGGGCCGCUCUAUGGAACCGAUUCCUCUGGGCCAGCUGGACGAUUCUGGUUGCACAUAUCCGAUCAUACUCCGAGAUCAGGGUCAUCCAUCGGGAGGUACUCUCUUGUUUUCACCCAAGGUUCCUGGUGGAACUCAGACACCUAGCUCGAACUCAACUACACCAUCGUCGUCCCCUUCGACCGCGUCUAUCAGUCAUCCGGAUUUGCAGGAGGUCAAACAAGAGCCUGUAGUUCAGGAGGCUGCUAUCUUCCAGAGCUACUGCAACAACCAGGCCCACAAUCACGAUCAUGGCCAAAAUCUCAACAGCUCCGCAGGCGCGAACCCACAAGCCGAUGUGAAUAUGAAUGCGGCAGCUGCAGCUCCUGUCACCAAGCCCAAGAAGGCGCGUCGAGGAACGUCACAGAGGAACUCGCUUCUGUUCCAAACCAACUCGAACUCUUCGCCAUCGCCCGUCCCCAUUUCAGGACCAUCAACAGGAAGCAAUAGCGCGUUUACAUUCUCCUCGUUGUCGACUCCUGGCAUGUUUACUCAGGGCCAAGCCUUUGUCGAUUAUAGUCAAUUGAUGGCUCAGCAGUUGCAGCAGCAACCACAGACUCAGCAGCAGCAACCACAACAGCCUCAGCACCUUGCACCUCAGUUCCCACAACAGUCCCAGGCAAUGUCCCAGGGCGUUCAGCAAACGCAGCACUCCCAGCCAUUCUCCGUCUCGCCUCUUUUUUCGUCACCACUCGCACUACAGGAAAAGUCUGCUGGUCAACAGCAACAGCAACAGCAGCAAUCUGGUUCUCAGAACGCUGAUAUGCAGAGACAACAGCUGGAUCCUUUCCAGCAACAGCAACUUCAGCAGCAGCAGCAACAGUACCUUCAACAGCAGCAGUUCUUGCAGCAGCACCAACUCAACAUGCGAUUGCAGGAACAACAACAACAUCAGCAACAGCAGCAGCAGCAGUUCAAGAUGGAGUCCAACGUUUCUCAAGGCAGCGCUUCGAGCGGCGGCUACACUCCAGUGUCCCAGAGCACAGCGACCACCUGUACCAACACCACGACAACGACGACGACAACGACGUGUUCUGACGAGACGGCGUCUAUGAGCCUGGCGAACGGAUCCCCGCAGGCCAACAACAGCAACAACAACAACAACAACAACAGUAACAACAACACGUUGGUUAAUGAUUACUCCAGCCUGGCGCUGUUCCCUCCUCAGGACAUGACGCCAGAUCCCAACAUGAUGGCGGUGCCCAACCCGUUCUUUGGCAUGCCCAACACGAUCGAUUGGGACGACUGGAACCAGUACAUUGCCAGCGCUGGUCUACAGAAGUUCUAG